CAUCACUGUCCUUCCUGCAGGUCAGUGAAGACAGGUCCUGGAUCAGUCCACUGUCUCUUUUCUGUCACAAGACAUUUUCACAUUUGUCUCCAGAUUUCACGUCACUGCUGUGAGCGACUUUAUUAGUAGAGAACAGUAAAAAACAGAAUACAAAUGAUUUAAUGACAUGAUUUAGUUUUGGUUUGAUGUCCUGCAGCAGCCAUUUAGUGAAAUAUGUAUUAAUAGAGUCAGUGAGUUGUGGAAUAAUGUGCUCUGAGUUUAAAUGUUAGAAGAGGAAGUCGACUUUCAGACAUUUUGUCCUUCAAGAGUGUUUCUGAGCCAAAGGCUGAUUUCAGUUGAUGUGCAGAUGAAUGAUUUGUGUUUCCUCUCCAGAUGAAAGUGUGUGUGAGAUGAGCAGCAUGAAUCAGUGUGAGGACAGAGAGGAGGGAGGCCCUCCCUCUAAAACCACUGGACCUGGACCAGGACCUGGACCUGAACCUGGACCUGGACCUGGACCUGGACCUGAACCUGGACCUGGACCUGGACCUGGACCUGGACCUGGACCAGGACCUGAGCCCAGCUGUGUGUCCUUCAAGAGUGACCGGUCAAAUGAUCAUUUCAUUGAUUUUAAAGGACAACCAGCUCCUGCUGUAAAGAGGAGACCAGCCUCUACUGGACCUGGACCUGGACCUGGACCUGGACCUGGACCUGAGCCCACCUGUGUGUCCUUCAAGAGUGACGGGUCAAUGGGUCUUCCCAUUUAUUUUAAAGGACAACAACCUCCUGCUGUAAAGAGAGUCGACCAGGAGAGCUCAGAGGUUCCCAGAGGUCCGUCUGUCCAGCAGCAUCAGACACACCUGGACUCCAUAUUUAUGCUGCUGGAGGAGAACAUUGUCACUUUUGUGAAGAACGAGCUGAAGAAGGUCCAGAAGGUUCUGAGUUCAAAUUACCCAGAAUGCUCAGAGAGUCAGAGGGAGGAUGAGGAGGUGUUGGACGGUGAGGAUGAAGAGCAGAGGAGGAGCAGCAGAGAGGCAUUUCUGAAGAUCACACUUCACUUCCUGAGGAGAAUGAAGCAGGAGGAGCUGGCUGACUGUCUGCAGAGCAAAAGUCAUUCUGCAGUUUGUCAGCGUGAACUUAAAUCUAACCUUCAGAAGAAGUUCCAGUGUGUGUUUGAGGGGAUCGCUAAAGCAGGAAACCCAACCCUUCUGAAUCAGAUCUACACAGAGCUCUACAUCACAGAGGGAGGGACUGCAGAGGUCAAUGAUGAACAUGAGGUCAGACAGAUUGAAACAGCAUCCAGGAAACCACACAGACCAGAAACAACAGUCAGACAAGAAGACAUCUUUAAAGUCUCACCUGGAAGAGACGAACCAAUCAGAACAGUGAUGACACAGGGAGUGGCUGGCAUCGGGAAAACAGUCUUAACACAGAAGUUCACUCUGGACUGGGCUGAAGACAAAGACAACCAGGACAUACAGUUCACAUUUCCAUUCACUUUCAGAGAGCUGAAUGUGCUGAGAGAGAAAAAGUUCAGCUUGGUGGAACUUGUUCAUCGCUUCUUCACUGAAACCAAAGAAAUCUGCAGCUUUGAAGAGUUCCAGGUUGUGUUCAUCUUUGACGGUCUGGAUGAGUGUCGACUUCCUCUGGACUUCCACAACACUAAAAUCCUCUCUGAUGCCACAAAAUCAGCCUCAGUGGAUGUGCUGCUGACAAACCUCAUCAGGGGAAACCUGCUUCCCUCUGCUCGCCUCUGGAUAACCACACGACCUGCAGCAGCCAAUCAGAUCCCUCCUGGGUGUGUUGACAUGGUGACAGAGGUCAGAGGGUUCACUGACCCACAGAAGGAGGAGUACUUCAGGAAGAGAUUCAGAGAUGAGGAGCAGGCCAGCAGAAUCAUCUUCCACAUCAAGACAUCACGAAGCCUCCACAUCAUGUGCCACAUCCCAGUCUUCUGCUGGAUCACUGCUACAGUUCUGGAGGAUGUGUUGAAGACCAGAAGGAGAGGAGAGCUGCCCAAGACCCUGACUGAGAUGUACAUCCACUUCCUGGUGGUUCAGGCCAAAGUGAAGAAGGUCAAGUAUGAUGGAGGAGCUGAGACAGAUCCACACUGGACUCCAGAGAGCAGGGAGAUGAUUGAGUCUCUGGGAAAACUGGCUUUUGAUCAGCUGCAGAAAGGAAACCUGAUCUUCUAUGAAUCAGACCUGACAGAGUGUGGCAUCGAUAUCACAGCAGCCUCAGUGUACUCAGGAGUGUUCACACAGAUCUUUAAAGAGGAGAGAGGACUGUACCAGGACAAGGUGUUCUGCUUCAUCCAUCUGAGUGUUCAGGAGUUUCUGGCUGCUCUUCAUGUCCAUCUGACGUUCUUAAACUCUGGAGUCAAUCUUCUGGUAGAGGAACAAACAACAGACUGUCAAUCUGCAGAGACAGGUCUCUACCAGAGUGCUGUGGACGAGGCCUUACAGAGUCCAAAUGGACACCUGGACUUGUUCCUCCGCUUCCUCCUGGGUCUUUCACUGCAGACCAAUCAGACUCUCCUGCGAGGUCUGCAGACACAGACAGGAAGUAUCUCACAGAUAAAACGAUCUCUCCUACAAGGUCUGCAGACACAGACAGGAAGUAUCUCACAGACCAAUCAGGAAACAGUCAAGUACAUGAAGAAGAAGAUCAGUGAGAAUCUGUCUGCAGAGAGAAGCAUCAAUCUGUUCCACUGUCUGAAUGAACUGAACGAUCGUUCUCUAGUGGAGGAGAUCCAACAGUACCUGAGAUCAGGACGUCUCUCCACAGAUAAACUGUCUCCUGCUCAGUGGUCAGCUCUGGUCUUCAUCUUACUGUCAUCAGAAAAAGAUCUGGACGUGUUUGACCUGAAGAAAUACUCUGCUUCAGAGGAGGCUCUUCUGAGGCUGCUGCCAGUGGUCAAAGCCUCCAACAAAGUUCUACUGAGUGGCUGUAACCUCUCAGAGAGAAGCUGUGAAGCUCUGUCCUCAGUUCUCAGCUCCCAGUCCUCUAGUCUGAGAGAGCUGGACCUGAGUAACAACAACCUGCAGGAUUCAGGAGUGAAGCGACUUUCUGCUGAACUGAAGAGUCCACACUGUGUCCUUGAAACUCUCAGGCUGUCAGGCUGUCUGAUCACAGAGGAAGGCUGUACUUCUCUGGCCUCAGCUCUGGACUCCAACCCCUCCCAUCUGAGAGAGCUGGACCUGAGUAACAACAACCUGCAGGAUUCAGGAGUGAAGCGACUUUCUUCUGAACUGAAGAGUCCACACUGUGUCCUUGAAACUCUCAGGCUGUCAGGCUGUCUGAUCACAGAGGAAGGCUGUACUUCUCUGGCCUCAGCUCUGGACUCCAACCCCUCCCAUCUGAGAGAGCUGGACCUGAGCUACAAUCAUCCAGGAGACUCAGGAGUGAAGCUCCUGUCUGCUCGACUGGAGGAUCCAGGCUGGAGACUGGACACUCUCAGGGUGGAGCCUGCUGGAGUCCGAUGGUUGACACCAGGUCUGAGGAAGUAUUCCUGUGAGCUCACAGUCGACACAAACACAGUCAGCAGAUACAUCAAACUGUCUGACAACAACAGGAAGAUGACACGUGUGAAGGAGGAUCAGUCAUAUCCUGAUCAUCCAGAGAGGUUUGAGACCAGGUGGCCUCAGCUGCUGUGUAGAACUGGUCUGACUGGUCGCUGUUACUGGGAGGUCGAGUGGAGAGGAGAUGUUUCUCUAUCAGUGAGUUACAGAAGAAUCAGAAGGAAAGGAGACAGUAAUGAUGUUGUGUUUGGAUGGAAUGAUCAGUCCUGGAGUCUGGACUGUGAUGAUGGUCGUUACUCUGUCUGUCACAAUAAGAGAAGAACACUCCUCUCCUCCUCCUCCUCCUCCUCCUCCUCCUCCUCCUCCUCCUCUGGUAGAGUAGCAGUGUAUGUGGACUGUCCUGCUGGCACUCUGUCCUUCUACAGAGUCUCCUCUGAAUCACUGAUCCGCCUCCACACCAUUAACACCACAUUCACUGAACCUCUUUAUCCUGGAUUUGGACUCUACAGGUCCAGUUCUGGUUCUGGUUCCUCAGUGAGUCUGUGUGGUGUUUAGUGUGCAGAGUCUCCUCCUGUCACAGAAACAUUGUCAGUGCUGAACAGUUGAGUCUGUACAGGAUCACAGUCACAUCAAUCUUUCAGCUUCUUGUAAUAAAUUCAUCAUCAACUUUGUACAAAAUGAUUCAAACUGAUUGAAAAGAUUCUUCAUUUACAUUUGAAACUUCUUCCAUUAAAUUGUGGAAAUUGCGUUGACUUGUACUUUCUGUCAUGUGUUGUUUUGAAUUCUGGCUCUUGUUCCAAUAAAAUCCACAACUAUCAGUGAAAUGUAAGAAACAGAAAACAUCGACUCGUCUGCAGCUUUAAUAGUAAAGAAUCAUUGUGAACAAAGUUGUAAAUGGACAGUAAAAUCUGAUCAAAUGUACUCGACACUCCACCUGAAACACUCUGACUUGUUUCAUGUGUUUGUAAUGAUGAAACUAAAAGUUUGAUGGUGUUGGUUAACACAUGUAAUUAUGUCCGUAGUGACAGAGUCAUAAACUGCACAACAUCUCUUCAUUUCUGUCUGAUUAUUAUAUGAGAAGAAAACACAUUUGAAUGACAAUCAUUGUGUUUCUCUCAGUGUUUUGUGGCUGUUGAAGUCCGGCUGUAUUUUCAGGACGUUUGUUGGAUUUGAAUCUGGUCCGUCAAACUAAACAGCUGUGAGAAAAGUCUUUCUCUGUCUGAGCCGGUUGGCUGAAGAUGUUUGGAAGUCUGAGAGCCGGAUGAAAUACUGAAACACUUUCAGAGAUCACAAACUAAACUGUCCUGAUGAAGUUUUUAAACAAGCGCUGAAGAGAUUUGAGCUCAUGUUUGAUGCUUCUGAACGUUGAUGUUCAGAGCAAAGAGUCCAAAACUUGUACAAAUUGUUCCUUUUUGUUUAAAUGUGACUUUGUUUGUGAAACGAUCAGCUGACGAGUUUAUCAUCAGACUGAAAGAUGUCGCACAGCGUCACUGAAAUGUUUCUCCUCUGCUGAAGUAGCUGAAUAUAAAAGUCUACUUGUGUCCUCAUCAUGUUGUCUGUCAGUGUGGAAACUGUAAAUAAUUCAUAUUGUUUUCAUGCUAUAUUAAAGGAACCAGAACACAUGAA